AUGCGUGCAAGUUCGAUUAAUAUUCAUCCCAAUGCAACAUGGUCAACGAAUGGUAUCACUGUUGCUGGAGGAAAUGGACGAGGCAAUGAAACCAAUCAACUCUAUUCGCCAUAUGGUUUGUACGUCGACGAUGAUCAAACGAUUUAUGUCGCUGAUUAUUGGAAUCAUCGUAUUGUGGAAUGGAAAUCCGGUGCAACGAAUGGAAAAGUAGUUGCUGGUGGAAAUGAAGAAGGGAAUGGAGCUCAUCAGUUAAACUGCCCAAUAGAUGUGAUUAUUGACAAAGAGAGCGACAGUCUCAUCAUCAGUGAUAGAGGGAAUAGAAGAGUAGUUCGAUGGCCUCGUCAAAAUGGUACUCGUGGAGAAACAAUUAUUUCAAAUAUCGAUUGCAUCGGUUUGACAAUGGACGAGAAUGGAUUUCUCUAUGUCGUUGACAAUGAAAAACAUGAAGUGAGACGAUAUAAAAUUGGUGAUACUAAAGGAACAGUGGUUGCAGGUGGCAAUGGAAAAGGAAAUCGUCUCGAUCAACUCUCUGAUCCCACCUACGUAUUUGUCGAUCUAGAUCAUCCAGUUUAUGUGUCUGAUAAUGAAAAUCAUCGUGUAAUGAAAUGGGAAGAAGGUGCAACACAAGGCAUUAUCGUCGCCGGUGGUCAAGGAGAAGGAAAUAGUCUUAUACAAUUGUAUUAUCCUGAUGGAGUCGUUGUCGAUCAAUUGGGUACUGUCUAUGUGACUGAUUCUGGGAAUGAUAGAAUCAUGCGUUGGCCAAAAGGAGCCACACAGGGAAGUGUCAUUGUUGGUGGAAACGGUGAAGGAGCACAAUCGAAUCAACUCGAUUAUCCCAUAGGCUUAUCACCCGGAUCCGGACCCGGACCCGGUCAAAAUAAAAUUUUUGGACCCGGACCCGGACCCGGCCAAAUUGGUACACGUCUUUUAUUAAUUCGUGAAAAUUAUGAUAUUAUUUUAUAUGAUGCUCAACAAAAGCACUCAUUAACAAAAGUUCGACCAAAAUUAGAUGGUAAAGAUUGUUGGGAAAAAUUAACUUUUAUUUAUUUACAAGAUCAAAUUCCAAUGCUAUUAGGAGAUGUUGAAAAAUGCAUUAAACUUCUUAGACAAUGA